AUGGCUGAUAGGGAAGCCCGUGGUUCUUCAGCAAGACCACUUUUUAUUGGAGGCAUUUCUAUGGAGAUAACCGAAGAAUCCUUGAGGGCCCAUUUCGGGCAGUUUGGAGAUCUAGCUGAUUUUGUACUAAAGCGUGAUAAAGUCUCUGGAAGGCGACUAGGAUUUGGAUUUGUUACAUAUGCUAACCCGGAAAUUGCAGAUAAAGUUUUAAACACAUACCAUAACAUAGAUAGUAAAGAGGUGGAUGUGAAGAUAUCAGUAACUUAUAGACAGAGGAUUCAUGUUGGUGGUCUUCCAUUAUCUUUAACUGAAGUUUGCUCUUUAACCUAGUGAUUAAUUUCAGGUGAGUUGAAGGAAUAUUUUUCUUCUUAUGGCAAUGUUGUGGGCCAUCAGAUCAUUUUGGAUAAAACAACUGGUCGCUCCAGAGGCUUUGGCUUUGUGAGUUUUGAUAAAGAAGAAGCAGUUGAACGUGUUUUAUCUAAUAGCGAUAUGCAUGAACUUCGUGGCAAACAAGUUAAAACUACGAGGGUUUUUCCAAUUAGAGCUGGUGCAGCUGGUUAA